AUGGCUAGCAUCAUUGCACGACUGGGUAACAGCCGACGGCAGAACACACCCUUGCCUCCUUGGGCCCAUUCCAUGUUGAGGUCACUGGGAAGGAGUCUCAGUCCUCUAAUGGUCAACAUGGCAGAGAGAAACAUGAAGUUGUUCUCAGGGAGAGUAGUGCCAGCCCAGGGGGAAGAGACCUUUGAAAACUGGCUGAUCCAAGUCAAUGGGGUCCUGCCAGAUUGGAAUAUGUCUGAGGAGGAGAAGCUUAAGCGCUUGAUGAAAACCCUCAGGGGCCCUGCCCGGGAGGUCAUGCGUUUGCUUCAGGCAGCCAACCCCAACUUAAGUGUGGCAGAUUUCUUGAGGGCCAUGAAAUUGGUGUUUGGGGAGUCUGAAUGCAGUGUGACUGCCCAUGGUAAAUUUUUUAACACCCUACAGGCUCAAGGGGAGAAAGCCUCCCUUUAUGUGAUCCGUUUAGAGGUGCAGCUCCAGAAUGCUAUUCAGGCAGGCAUCCUAGCUGAGAAAGAUGCCAACCAGACCCGCCUGCAGCAGCUCCUUUUAGGGGCUGAGCUGAAUAGGGACCUGCGCUUCAGGCUUCAGCAUCUUCUCAGAAUGUAUGCAAAUGAGCAGGAGCACCUUCCUAAUUUCCUAGAGUUAAUCAAGAUGAUAAGGGAGGAAGAGGAUUGGGAUGACACUUUUAUUAAACCAAAGCGGCCCAAAAGGUCUGAACCAAUAAUGGAGAGGGCAACCAGCCCUGUAGCAUUUCAGGGGCCCCAGCCAAUAGCAAUUGCCUGUGCUGACUGCAACUGUAAUGUGAUAGAGAUAGAUGAUACCCUCGAUGAUUCAGAUGAGGAUGUGAUCUUGGUGGAGUCUCAGGACCCUCCACUGGCAUCCCCAGGUGCCUCUCCCCUCACAGAGAGAACCAGACCUUAUGAUCAAGUGCUGAUUAUUGAUUCCUCCAAUGAUUCUGGGGCUCAGUUUCCUUCCACCAGUGGUGGUUCUGUGUAUAAAAAUGGUCAUCCUGGUGAUAUGCGUAGAGCCAGGAAGCGAAAAUACACUAUCCACUGUUCAUACUGUGGUGAAGAGGGCCACUCAAAAGAAACCUGUGACAAUGAGAACAAGGCCCAGGUUUUUGAGAAUCUGAUCAUCACCCUGCAGGAGCUGACACAUACAGAGGGGAGAUCAAAAGAGGUUCCUAGAGGACACCAUGACCUCUCUGAGGCACAGUAA